AUCCUUCCCAAUAAAUCAUUAGAUUUUCUCUCGUGUUUGAUCCUGUUAGAAAAAUUCGUACGCCAUGGAAAGAGCAGAGAGUCUUCGACUGGAUUUACGAAUUGGAACAGGAAAGGAACAAAAAGGGGAGGCCAAAAUUGCCAUAAAAAAAUCCACAGUGGGCCGUUCGAGAAAAGGGUGCAUGAGAGGCAAAGGCGGGCCUGAUAAUGCCUUCUGCACUUAUAGAGGCGUACGGCAGAGGACAUGGGGCAAAUGGGUGGCCGAAAUCCGGGAGCCAAAUCGCGGUGCAAGAGUUUGGCUCGGCACCUUCAAUACUUCACUGGAGGCGGCGCGAGCUUAUGAUGAUGCAGCCAGAAAGCUGUAUGGGAGUUGCGCCAAACUCAAUUUGCCUGAUGAUCAUGGGCACCAAUUUUCUUCAUCCUCGGCAAGUAAUUUCACUACCAGUGAUUUUUCUGUGCCGGAUUAUUACGAAAAUGAGGAUGAAAAUCAGAAUUCAGUGCUGGAUGAAGCUUGCAUAUUUAGAGAUAUUAAUGGGGAGUAUGUGCCGUGGGAUAAUCCGGCGCCGACCCUGCUUGAUGAGAAACAAAAUCUGAUUUGGCCUGAAAUUCCUUCGGAGAAUGAUCUUCACCGCUCUUAUGGUGGAGAUUUCAACACUCAUUGGGACGAAUGUCAAGUUCCAUGGACCUACUAAAUCUCGACUGUGGCUUCUUUAAGUCCAUAAUAUAAAAGGGUUUGCCACUGCUGUUAGGGUUUUUGAAUUUUAUAAGCUUUUUGGUUUUUGACCUUUUAAUGUUAUCCUCCGUCCCCUUGUUUGUGGGGAGAGAGACUGAUAGAGAUGUAAAUAUAGUUAAAGGUUGAAGAUUUGCAAGUAGUUUGUGCAUGGGUCCUAUAAUUGUAAACAAUCUUCGAUAUCAAUGUAUGUAUUUCAAGUAAUUCUACUUUGUCAGA